AUGGCUGAUAGCAAGAACCACGAAGCUCUCAACCCCAUCCAUCCCUCUGUUCUCCCCCAUCUGGAUCCCACGUUCGUCCAGCUCUACAACGAGAAUGUCGCCAAUACGCCGAACAGACCGAUCGACCUCUCUGUGCUCCGGUCGAAAUACUCCGUGCUGUACUCGUACGGCACAGGGCCCGCCCCGGACUGCGCGCGCGUCUGGGAGACCGAAGUGCCUGCGUUCGAGGGCGCGCUGAUCCGAGUGCGGGUGUAUGAACCGGCCUCGAAAGGGCCGUGGCCGGUUCACGUCGACUUUCACGGCGGUGGCUGGGGCCUCGGGGACCUCGACACCGAAUCCCACAUCUGCAAGCAUCUCUGCGUGAAAGCCGACGUCGCCGUCAUCGACGUCGACUACCGUCUCGUCCCCGAAUACCCCUUCCCCAUCGGCAUCCAGGACUCCUUCGCAGCCCUACAAUACAUCCACCAGCACGGCGCGGAGGAAUUCAACAUCGAUCCCACGCGCAUCUCCAUCGGCGGCGUCUCAGCGGGCGGCAACAUCGCUCUAGUCUGCGCCCAUCUCGCGCGCGACGAGAAGCUCCCCCUCCGCCUGGUGGUCGCAGGCACGCCGACGAUCGACGAUAUCUCGCGCUAUGCAUCGGCGCAGGACUCGCCCUUCAGAUCGAUGCAGGAAAUGGAACACGCGCCGACGCUCAACUGGGCCCGGCUGAAGUGGUUCGAUAAUCUCAAGUGGCAGAGUCUCUCGGCCGAUCCGGCGGAGAAGGAGAAGCAGAUGGCUGCUGUGAAAUGGUAUGCCAAUGCGUUGAACGCGCCGGACUUCUCCCAUUUGCCCAAGACGGUCGUCUACACGGCCGGGUGCGACCCGCUGCGCGAUGAGGGCGAGGCGUAUGCGAGGAGGUUGGUUGAGGCGGGCAAUGAGGUUUUGCAGUUGAGGUUCUUGGGGGUCCCGCAUCCAUUCAUGCAUAUGGACAAGGAUCUGUCGCAGGCAAGGGACUUCAUCGACCGGAUGGCGUUUGAGAUCAAGGUUGCGCUGCAUGGAAAGCGCUAG